CAAACUCUCCAGGUUAAAUCUUAUUCGUGAUGCCUCUUGCUUACGGCUCUCUCUUGCUUGCCACUGUGAUGGAAGCAGCCCUGGGACUACCUGAUAUCCCUUUCCAGAUUACUGCUGACUAUCCACUGGGUUGUUAUGGAGGUCCUGGUCCAGGGAAUGGAAGCGCCAUUUAUAAUAUGCUACCGCCUUCCUGCAUUUACAACAUGAAGGGAUAUACAAUCGAUGGAGUUCAUAGAGAGGUUGCCGGGAUCAUACUCAACACCAACAGGCCUGGGCAUUGGGGCAGCCUGCAUAUGAGCCUCAAUCUGUCCACCGUGCCUGACACCGAAACGCAUGAUGUCCUAGUGGGAACGGAUGGUUGGGCUCACCUGAGUGUCGGUGAUGAAACCAGAGACUUUUGGUGGAAUCCAGCCCCAGGCAAGAACAUCUACGGUCCACAGCCUGUUGAAGUGCGUGUCCAAGUUUCAACUAUCGACUCUGGUACUCUCCCUAAUAACGUGAGCAUUUGGAGCUCGUGGGAUAGGCUAACUGGUACAGCGAACAGCGACGGGUUGAGGCUAUUUUGUAUGCACAAAUGCUCCUCCAACGUACCCAGUUCUGAGAUUUACACCAUACAAGAAAUCGUCAUAAAAAGAGUGGAAGGUGGCUGGUACUACUUAAUUACGUACGUAUUUCGUGACUAUUCUCGUAAGCUAAAAGAGUACAGCGAGUAUAUGAUCUUCGGCGAUCUGCGGGAUCUGAAUAUAGUGUGAAUCUACCCAGCACCAUGAUUGAAUCAUGAUGAUUCUAUGCCUAGCCAACGUAGCGACGUCGGUGAGGUAGUCUCCCUGCUCCGAUGCUCGUGCCUCACGCACCGUACAUAUGUCUUGAACACUGCGAAAAUUUCGGGUCAUUUUCACUACAGUACCCAUCUGUUUACCGUUUAUUUUCAUUUCUCCAUAUCUCUGCCCAAUAUCGCGUUAAUGCCAUGCGUAGGUGCCUGCUUUUUAUCGCUCAUCUGUAUGCAGGUCUGCGCGUUGCUGUGCGCUAUCCGAAUUUUUGACGAGCACACUCUUGCAACCGUUGGAGUUCGAGGAGCGCCCAAGAGGAAAACUUGAGCUGGGAUCAUCACCUUUCAAUGACCAUUGAGUGGCCGGUUAUUGGAUUGAAGUUCAA